AUGCCGGUUGAUUUUUUAACAAGUGUAGUAUUUGAUGGACCACAAGUAAUACCUUAUUGGGAUCGUUUAAAAGAAUAUGGCCCUACUAUAAUACCAAUACUAAUAACAAUUGGAUUUAUAAAAUAUUAUUUUAGAGGAUCAACAAAUACUUGGGAAAGAAAUUUACAUGGGAAAGUUUAUAUUAUAACUGGUGGAACUUCUGGGAUAGGAGCAACAUUAGCUUUUGAAUUAGCUACAAAGGGAGCUCAAUUAAUUUUAUUAACUAGAAGAACUAAUGAUUUAUGGUUAGCUGAAUAUAUUGAAGAUUUAAGAGAUAAAACAAAUAAUCCAUUAAUUUAUGCAGAAGAAUGUGAUUUAAAUUCUUUAUAUUCAACAAGAAAAUUUGCAACAAAAUGGUUAGAUAAUCAACCACCAAGAAGAUUAGAUGGGAUUUUAUGUUUAGCUGCUGAAUCAAUACCUAGAAAUAUUUCAAAACAAUAUACAAUAGAUGGAAUUGAAAAACAAAUUGGUAUAAAUUAUUUAAGUCAUUUCCAUUUAUUAACUUUAUUAGAACCAAGUUUAAAAGUACAACCACCUGAUAGAGAUGUUAGAAUAUUAAUAGCAACUUGUUCAUCACAAAAUUUAGGAGAUAUAGAUUUAAAUGAUUUAUUAUGGGAAAAUAAAACAUACCCAAUUUCUCAACCUUGGAAAAUUUAUGGAUCAUCUAAAUUAAUGUUGGGAUUAUUUGCUAAAUAUUAUCAAAAACAAUUAAUGAAUUAUGAAAGAAAAGAUAAAGCACCAUGUAAUAUAAGAAUUAAUUUAGUUAAUCCAGGAAUAGUAAGAUCACCAUCAACAAGAAGAUUUAUAUCAAUGGGGACAAUUUGGGGAUUAAUUUUAUAUGUUAUUACUUUCCCCAUAUGGUGGUUAUUUUUAAAAAGUGUUCAACAAGGAGCUCAAACUUUUUAUUUUGGAUUAUUUGCACCAAUUUUUAUGAAAUUAGAAGGUGGGAAUUUAUUACAAGAAUGUAAAAUAAUAACCAAGGUGAGAAAAGAAUUUGAUGAUGAAGAAUUACAAUCUAAAAUAUAUCAUAAUACUAUUGAACUUAUAAAGAAAUUGGAAAUUCAAGGAGCUAUAAAUAGGAAAAAAUCUAAAACUAAGGAACAACUUUUAUAA